AUGCACUCUUUCUCCGUAGUAGGCAACAGCCUUCACCACCUCGAUCAAGGCGGCUAUACCCUUCCUCCGCUCACUCUCGCCGGCGCCGGCGGCUAUGCCUUCGGCGAUCACGUUCAGAACCCGUGCAAUCAGGAGUCGUUAUUCUCGUCGCUCAGCGUUUCCAGCAUCGACAAAGAUCGCAGAUUGAAUGGGUUUACCCGAGAUGACAAUCAGGACGGUGGCGGCGCUGGGGUAGGAGUUUGA